AAAAAAAAUCGCUCAAAAAAAAUUGAAGAGAAAAAAAAAUAUGACGUGUGUUCUUCUUCUUGGUAUGACUGCUCUCGAUGGCCUCGCUAUGCUCGUCUCCUCUCCGAUCGCGCUAAUGGAGGAUGCGCGUGCGCACACAUCGAUCGAUCCGCGAGGACUAUAGGCUGUCUCUCCGUAGUGGCCUUCCUCCCCCCUUCAACCAAGAACAGUAGGGGGAGGGCUCCCUCUUCUCCUCUUGCUCGCCUGCUCGGAGCACUCACUGACGGCCUUCCGCGCGGCGACCAGACAGAGCUGCGGCGCGAGCCACCCGUUCGACGAAAUGGCUGAGGGGGCCGAAGCCGGUAAAAUCAAGAAAGCGGCCAUGGCUUGCGGCAAGGACUGCUUCGAGGACCUCCCGGAACCCGUGCUCGAGCUUCUGCUGUCGUUCCUGCCCUCACGGGACGCCGUGAGGACGUCCGUGCUCGCCCCGCUGGCGCGCGCUAUGGAAGUCUGUGCCGGCCUUGCGCCUUGAUGCUUCUGAGUUUGAGAGUGCCCAGGUUUUCAAUAAUUUUGUUAAUAGACUGCUUGAGCACCGUGACAGAACAUCCCCUCUUCAUGAAUGUGACAUCUUUUCCUAUCCGGAGAAGGGCGCAGAAGAUGAGGCACACCAUGAUGUUGAAUCGUGGGUCCAGUAUGCUAUCCUGUGCCGAGUGCCGGUGCUUCGAGUUCUAGACUGGCGUUCUUCUCAUUUGGAGCUACCCAACAGCAGUGUCAUCUCCAAGCACUUGACAAUGCUAGAGCUUUAUCAUCUGGCAUUUGACGAAAGCCCUCUAGAUCUUUUCAGCUGUGAGGUACUAGAGGUGAUUGUUUUAUCAACAUUGGGGAUAACUUGCCCAAAUCUUUACGACAUCUGAAACUCAUAGACUCAAGACUUUAUUCCACGGAUAUAGAACGGAAUUGCCUUUCUGCUCCAGGCCUGCUUACCUUUGAACUAGCUGACUGUCUGGACUGGACUCCGUUGCUUGAGAGCCUGCCAUCGUUGGUGACAUCAUUUAUCAGGAUUAGCAUGGAUUGUGAAGAUGCUUGUCAUAAUGAGUACCUUGGGGAUUGUGGUGAUGGGUCAUGUGACGGAUGCUAUGGUGAAGAUGAUCGUUGUUUACUUCUUCAAGGUUUAGCAGGCGCUACGAAUUUAGAGCUGAUAAGUGAAUAUUCUGCAAUUUUCAGAAAGGACUUGAGAUGGAGCCCUGUGUUUAGCAAGCUAAAAACUGUCUUGCUCAAUGGUUGGUGUCUGAGUGCAAACUUCGCUGGACUACUUUACUUUCUUCAGCACACACCAGUUCUUGAAAAGCUUACCCUUCAACUUCCAUCUCGCGAGGAUUUGGACACUGGACCAAGUGGAAGCUACAACCCAGCAGAAUAUUUCUUGGUGUCAAAGCAUCUGAAGGUAGUUGAAAUCCAUUGUAACGAGGAGGAUGAAUGGAUUAAUCAAAUUGUGAACACCCUUGGUAUUCAUGGAGUAACUUCUGCGCAAAUUAGCAUCAAACAUGAUUCUUGGAGUUCUUUCAGGUUCAGUUUCCAGCAGCCGAAGUAGAUCAGAUGCUGUACUGUUCCUAGUUAUUAAGGGUUCAAUGUCCCUCAAUUAAUCUUGGCAGCAUGAGGGCUCCUACGUUUUAUUUACCUGGAUCGUGCGCAUGUCCCUGAUCCAUUCUUAUGAAGGACGAUCUCCCAUUGAUGCGAUUUGAAUAUGUUUAGUAAUGUUGCACUUUUGGCCGGUGUCAGUUCAGGCCUCAACUGAUUUACUUAUUGAAGGCCUAUGAUCUACUCCCUCCGUCUUAAAGUAAGUGUCUUGAGCUUAGUACAAAUUUGUACUAGAGCUAGUACAAAGUUGAGACACUUAUUUUGGGACGGAGGGAGUAAUAUUUAUGUUUCAGCAACCUGGAUAUCUAGCUUAACUUAUGUAUUGUAAUGUGGUACCUGUUCUG